AUGGCGCCAAUUGACCCCGCCGCUUCCAAGGCUGAAAAGAAGGCGAAAAAGGAGAAGAAGCGAGCCCGAGAAGAAGAUGCAGUUGCCGACACAGAGCGAAAGCAUAAAAAGUCAAAGAGCGUCGCUGCCGCAGAAGCACCUGAAGCCAGCAGCGAUCUGAAGGCCGAGAAGAAAAAGAAGAAGAGCAAGAAGGACAAGCAUGCCGAAGAUGCAGUCGCGCAACCAGAGACUGAAGCUCCAGCGGUAGAGGAUAAGCCGGAGAAGAAACAUAAGAAGAAGAAGCAUCAUGAUGCGGAAGUUGCAGCUACAGAAGAGGCCGAUACCCCGGUUGUAGCGGACAGCGAGAAGAAGAAGAAGAGCAAGAAGCACAAGGAAACCGAAGCGAUAGAAAUUGCAGAGCGACCCAAGAAGUCCAAGAAGAACGAGACCGCUGUUGAGCCCGAAGAGGAUGCUUCACCCGCCGACCCUGACGCUAUGGAUGUUGACAUGCCUCCUCCCGCCAAACCUUCAAAGUCGAGCAGCAACAUUUACCAACCACCCGAUAUCCCCGCGAACCCUCAAUUCCCCUUCUUCACACAGACCGUGUCACUCUACGAGCCUCUCUUCCCCAUUGGCUGGGCACAGCCUGUCACAAACUGCCAGCAACAGCACCUCUCACAUCUCCGAAACAAGUACGUGCCUUCGCUGCGCGGUGUUCUUCUCGACUACAAGAAUGUUGCUUUCGGCGAAAACCCUGGACGAAAGGGCGCGGCUACGGAUGAUGAGUCGCCGGCGACUGUCAUGGCCAAGGGCGAGUCUGCUGUUGGCUUUGGCUGGAUUACUGCCGAUGUUGACCUUUUCGUGCCGAGUCGCGGUGCUUGGAUGGAGGGCAGUGUUAAUUUGCAGACUGAGGGACACAUUGGUGUUGUUUGCUUUGGCAAGUUCAACGCUUCAAUUGAAGCUCGUCGACUUCCUCCCGACUGGAAGUGGGUUCCCAACGAAUCCCCCGAGGCUCAAGGCUUCGAGGAGACCGCUUCAGUCAUCACCGCCGACGAUCACGGUGUAGUUCGUCAAAUCCACAGCACCGGUUUCUGGGCCGACGGCAACGGCGACAAAGUUAAGGGCAAGAUUCGCUUCCGGAUACGCAACUUCGACGUCGGCACUAGCGGUGAGACUAGCUAUCUCAGCUUGGAGGGUACAAUGCUCGACAAGGCUGGUGAGAAGGCCGUUGUCGCUGAAGAGGCAGAGACAGCCAAGAUGCGAAAGGGCAAGAAGGGCAGCCAGCGCGUCCAGAGAAGACGUAUUCCCGAGUUCGCAAUGACGCGCUUCGCUGUAGAGGGAGAGGAGCAGACGGAGGAUAACGAGGCGGAGAAGCGCGAGGUGUUGGCGCUGCCCGAGGAUCUGUAA